AAAUCACUCGUCCCCGUCCCCAUAAUUACCCUUCCACCGUUUUCCUUCUCAUAGAUGUUAUCGUCUUCUUUAGUCGUUUCUUUCACCCUCACUAUUUUUCUCUAGGACCCCAGUCGGCGUAAUCCCGAACUCCUCCGAUUUUACGCACAUUUUACUCCCGAGGCCCUUGCAUCGGCGCUCCACAACCGACGAUCGUGAAUUAUUCUUCUGAACUUGGUCAAUUCGGCGCGCUAAUCGAUAAGCUGCCGUCUUUUCCCACUUACCUAGGUAAUUCAUCUGGUCGCUUGGUCGGUGCCUCACUCUUGCCGAUAUCUGUUCCCUAAACGCCGCAAACCGACCACGCCGAAAUGUCAACGUCAACAACUGUGAAGGAGGCGGUCAAGGAGACUCUCCUUGGCUCGGAGGAGCCUUCGAACCUCUCUGCUACCCACCGCGCGCUAUUUUUGAACAAUGCCAAGAAAGAUGAGCAGACGGGGGAGUUGGUUAUGGGACCGGAUGAGUUCAUUGAAGCUAUUGCGCCACCUACCGAAGACUAUCACAAGAUUAGUCGUGACCAAUACGGUCUCUUAUUCCGCGUAGCCGACCGUAAAGGUGCUGGGAAGGUGACACUUGGCGACUGGGCCGCCUUCGAGAACCUCUUAAUGAAACCUGACGCCGAAUACGAGAUCGCAUUCCGACUCUUCGACAUAAGUCGCACCGGAAGUGUCAAGUAUGACGACUUCAGACAGCUAUACGAGCGCAACAAAGGAUCCAACAGCAUCCCCUUCGAUUGGGACUGUGAGUGGGCAAAGUUGUACAUCGGCGACAAGUCUAAACGGCACACCCUUACAUACCCCGAGUUCUCCCAGAUGCUUCGCGGUCUACAGGGUGAGAGGAUCAGACAAGCUUUUCAGAUAUUUGACAAGGACAGAGAUGGCUACAUCGAGCCGGAGGAUUUCGCAAGAAUCAUUCUCGAAACAUCCAAACACAAGCUCUCCGAUCACCUCUUGGAGAAUCUGACCUCGCUCUGCAACAUAUCCACUGGCAGUAGGAUUUCUUACGCCAAUGUUCGAGCUUUCCAGAAUAUGAUCAAGGAGAUGGACUUAGUGGAGCUUAUAAUUCGUCAGGCCUGCAAGAAGAGCGCCGACGGGAAGAUUACGAGAACUGAGUUCUUAAACGAGGCAGCCAAAGUUACCAGGUUUUCUCUUUUCACCCCAAUGGAAGCAGACAUCCUCUUCCACUUCGCCAGCUUAGAUGAACCAUCUGGCCGCUUAAGCCUCACCGACUUUGCGAAGGUCUUAGAUCCAUCAUGGCGACACCGUGGUGUCUCAGAAGAAUCCCAAGGUCAACAACUUCACAAAGCCAAGUCUGCUACACAGUCUUUCCUUUUACAGGCUGCCGAGUCUGGCUAUAACUUCUUACUUGGAAGUGCGGCUGGUGCCUUUGGUGCCUUUAUGGUGUAUCCCAUCGACUUGGUUAAGACGCGAAUGCAAAACCAACGAGGUGCCGACCCGGGACAGAGACUUUACAAGAACUCCGUCGAUUGUUUUAAGAAGGUCAUCGCAAAUGAGGGUUUCCGUGGCCUGUACUCUGGAGUCUUGCCUCAGCUAGUCGGUGUCGCUCCAGAAAAGGCCAUCAAACUAACCGUAAACGAUCUCGUCCGAGGUUUCUUUACGGACCAGAAGACGGGCAACAUCCGAUGGGAACAUGAGGUCCUAGCCGGUGGUAGUGCUGGUGCUUGCCAAGUCGUGUUCACCAAUCCCCUCGAGAUUGUCAAGAUUCGACUACAAGUUCAGGGUGAAGUCGCAAAAGCUACUGAAGGUGCCCAGAAACGUUCUGCGAUGUGGAUUGUUAAGAACUUGGGUCUCGCAGGUCUCUACAAGGGUGCCUCAGCUUGCUUACUUCGAGAUGUGCCAUUCUCGGCAAUCUACUUCCCCACCUACAGCCAUCUCAAGAAGGAUCUUUUUGGAGAAUCCCCCACCAAGAAGCUUGGGAUCCUUCAGCUCUUGACGGCCGGUGCCAUUGCUGGUAUGCCUGCCGCUUAUCUCACAACACCUUGCGAUGUUAUCAAGACCCGAUUACAAGUUGAGGCACGCAAGGGCGAUACGAAUUACACUGGUCUACGACACGCAGCAACCACGAUUAUGAAGGAAGAGGGUUUUAAGGCAUUUUUCAAGGGCGGCCCGGCCCGUAUUCUUCGAUCUUCCCCUCAAUUUGGUUUUACCCUUGCAGCAUACGAAGUUCUACAGAGCGUCUUACCAUUCCCCGGCAAGGCAAAGCCAGAACAGGUUCACACCGGCGUCGCUGAUGUCGUUGAUACGAUCCGAGAGAAGGACGUCGCCUCACCUCAUGCUCGCAGCCGAAAUGCUCUCAAGAUGAUCCUAGAUCUCGACGAGAAUUUCGGACGCAUCAAGCUCCCAGACCACGAGACGUGGAAGACCCUGCCUAAGUUCCUUGGCGGUGGUAAGUCAUAAUGAUACACUAGAGAGAACACUACACAGUUCUCGCCUUGUUCCAUUUCAAUGUUUUUCUCAAGGCACAU